CAACAGGACGAAUACCAGGAACAAGAACUGGACGACCCCGAAAUCAGACAGCUGGAUGACGCGUUCAAGGACCUAGGACACGUAGAAAGAAAAACAGACACCACGACUCCGAGCCCGAACUACGAAGAAGACGCCCAAGAGGCUGAACAUCAGGUCUCUCAGAAAGAAGAGGAACCAGCGAAAGAUGACCUAAUCCUCAAAAGACAACGGACCUCAUACCAUAUUCACCCGGAGUAAAGGACCAGCCCCGGACUACCCAUGGAUUAGGCUGGAGCGAAUAUAAAAAGGGGAGUAAGGUUUUAAGUUAAUAUAGUAGUAUAGUAUAAGAUUUCAUUCAGAAGAUUUGUAGAUCAUAGAGUAGAAUUUUAAUGAUAAUAUACAAAUGCGAGAAGAGUUAAAGGGCACAAUGUUUCAGGUGGAAUUGCAACGUAGGAUGACCAGAAAUGCCCCGAGAAUGAAAGUGAACGGCGGCUGUAGGGUACACCUGGAUGUCCAAAGUAGCUCUCAUCCAACCCUGAAACAGGUUCCCCAGCCCAUCUCUUACAGUCAGCAAUGAGGACAACCAGAGAAGGAUUCCUGCGAAAUUUGUGUAUUCAAAAAUAUUGUUUAGAAAAAUUAUGUUCAGUUGAUUGAUAUUCGUUCAGGAUCCGACGUGUCACUUUAUUUUAAUUGAAAAAAAUGUCACGUUAUAAGGGGAGGGAUGUGUAACAGAGCAUAAAUAAGGCCCUGUAUGUAAUAUUUCUAAAGUUACUUGAGAUAGCACGUUUCCAAAUAUUCUGAGAAUAGUAAAACUACGACAAGAAACAUAAAUGCCUAAUAAAAAUAAAUUACUUGGGAACGAAACCUUUCCUUGUCAAAAAAAGAAAUGUCUUUUCUCUUUUGGCGACAUCAUAAAUCACACUCCUUGUAAUCGAUUGUUCUUCAAAAUUCUAAAUAGACUUUUAACGGAAAUAGGCCAUGUGUUUGCGAUCUGGACGGAAAAGACCCAGGCCAAUUCUGAAUAAUAUUGGAAAGACAUUAAGUUACUUGAACGAAUAUUUUUCAAUAUAGAACAUAUAUUGUAAUUAGAAAUAGAAAGGCAACAUGAGAACGAUCUCUUCCUCUGGACGAUCGUCACAAGUUUUUUGAUUGUAUUUCUUGCAAAUUUCAUAAGCCAUUGUCAACAAUUACCCACGAAGAGAUAAUAACUGUACGGACAACUAUCGCCAUUCUCAUGAAGGAAGGUCAUAGCUUUAUGUAAAGUAAUGCACGCACCUCCAUCAUAUUAUAUUUUAGGGUGAAUAACUGAAUUAACACAGAUUGAAACAUUAUCUCACAUUUUGGCUACAAGUAUUGCCACCUUUUGUAAACCCCCGACAGAAGUGGUAACUUCAAUUCUGAUUUUGUGGGCGUCACCCACCCUCAAAACGAAUAGAUAGUAGGAUCAAUCUAUCUGAUUGGUCCGAAAUCGAUAGUGGCACCCGAUAACCAAUAAAAAAAUCCAAAGUAAGAAAAUAUAAUUUCUU